AUGGCGCCACAAGGGAAGAAAGAAGAGCACGGAAUGCGCAUGAAAGGGUCCACAUGGACAUCGCUGGGCCUGUGGCCAUGCGAGAGCAUAAGCAGCGUACGCUACUCCCUGACCUUUACAGAUGAUGGCUCAGCAAAGGCUGGGUUCACAGACCGGCAGAUCGCACGAAUCUUGCCGGCAUCAUCGAUAUCUGGAUCUGCGCAAGUGGAGCAGGACACAGGCCAGGACAACUCUGACAACACAGUAACACAGUAUCCAGCAGGAAAUUUGAGCCCGCAUACACGCAUCAACAGCAUGGAAUGCGCCGAACGCUUCAACCUGAUUCUCCUCAACAUGGUCCAAGCAUGGAUCCGCGAGCUGAAGCCAGAACAGGCACUCUCGGGCGAUUUGGUCGCAGCAGCAGCCUAUACUCACAUGAUACUCCAGAUUUCAGAAAGAGUGUACCGCAAUUGCAAGGGACCGAUCGACCACCUUCGCACAAUAGACCCAGCAGCCUACCUCCUGCGCGCUGGGGCGUUACAAAGCACUAAAUUGAACAAGUGCGCAGUAAACGGUAUUCUCGUCGGGAACGACACCGCUGCAACAUAUCCCACAUCUGGAUCCCCAGUCUUAAGCACCCAUCCAGUUUCGACAUGUCGGAUGACGCAGAAGCUGAGCAGUGCGGACACGGGCGCAGAAGCCAACGACGCGGAGCAUGGCGAAGCAGCACAGUCCAUAGAACACCAUCUAACAGCAUGGAAAGUUCGAGGGUAG